UAUUUUCAAGCUUGUUAUUCUUGAAUUGAAGCUCAUAUGUAGACAACGCAAGACAUGGACGGUCUCUUCCCAGGGAAAGCUUUUUAAAACCACUUGAUAUCAAUGAACAAGGCACGAUGUGGAGCUAUGUGGUGAAGAACCUAUUGAUAUCUACUUCAUAUGAUUCCUCCAUCCAACAAAUCAGAGUGAUGAUUGUGUAUAUUCUAAUGAAGGGCAUUGAGUUCAACUUUAGCGAACUCAUAAGGAACGAGAUUUGGGUUUGUGCCGAGAAAAUGGUUGGUCCACUUAUUUUUCCUGCGCGUAUAAUGGAAUUAUGUUUGAAAGCAGGUGUAGAAGCUGAUGUUGAAGAUGUGGUGAUGUCCAAAAAGUCGGCCACGUCCAUUAGAAGAGUUCGGGGAUACUUGAUAGUUCGUGAGGAGGAUUCUCCUAUUACCGCAGCAGAUCCCGAUACACGAGGUGUGGUUACUAGAGAACAAUACGACGAGUACGAAAAGUUAAGGCACGUAUAUGAUCUUCUCUUCGCUACUCAACACGCCACAUGUGAGUUUCUCAAGAAGCUAUAUGGUGAUGGUGCACCUUCUCUCCCCGACGAGCUCGCGGCCGACUUGCCUUCUUCUUCACGACCUACCGGCGAUGAUUCUUUGCAUGAUGUUUAGGGGAGUAUCUCUAUCUCUUUUCUAUGAUACUAGAUGUUUUGGAACUUGAUCUUGAAUUUUUUGUACUUUUAGUUUGCUUGUUAGGUUGUUUAGGUUAGUUUUGGUUUUGGGAUAGUUUUUUGUAGGAUGUUUUGCUGUUAGUAAUAAAUGUUGGUUGUGUUUCUGCAAGUUGCUUUGAGUUCAAACUUUGCAUGCUUUCUUGUUCUAGCUACAAGCUUGUCCUUAGCUUCUUCGAUGACAGCUUUUCUAAACUCUCAGCAUUCUCAUCUUUUUAAUGAAAAGCUUUCAUUUGUUAUUUGUUGUUGUAUCAUGUCAAUGAGGAUAUUUAAGACAACGAAUAGGUGAGAUUUCCUAGUUUUAUG